UUGGGAGAGAACGCGAUGUGGCAACAGAAACUGUCAAACACCACGACCAGUGUCAUAGCGCAGUAUCCCUCUGUACUUGCUGAAACCGUACAACCGGCCGGCGUCUUCAUGAAAAAACCUUCAAGACGAAAAGGAGAGGAAAAAGAUACGGACCGAGAAGGAGAGCGCAACGGAAAGCAACCCAAGAAUUUCCUAGCUGAAGUCCCACCGCUUCUCGAUCAGCCGGGCGCCAUGGGCCUCUGCCUGGGCAAGUCGGCAGCGGUCCAGGAGCCGGCGGUGGCGGAAGACAACAGCGUAGCCGAUGGCGCGGCGGCGGGCUGCGGCGAUGGGCCGCCCGUGAAGGCGCCUCGGACGCCCAAGCAGCCCAAGUUCUCCUUCUACCUGCCGAGCCCGCUCCAGCCCUCCAGCUACAAGGGCUCGCCGGCCAACUCCAGCGCCGCGUCCACGCCGGCGCGCGGCGGGUUCAAGCGCCCAUUCCCGCCGCCGUCGCCUGCCAAGCACAUCCGUGCGCUGCUGGCGCGGCGCCACGGCUCGGUCAAGCCUAACGAGGCGUCCAUCCCCGAAGGCGGCGAGCUGGACCUGGGGCUGGACAAGAGCUUCGGCUACUCCAGGCACUUCGCGGCCAAGUACGACCUUGGCCGGGAGGUGGGGCGCGGCCACUUUGGCUUCACCUGCGCUGCCAAGUGCAAGAAGGGCGAGCUCAAGGGGGAGGACGUCGCCGUCAAGGUCCUUCCCAAGGCCAAGAUGACUACUGCUAUUGCCAUUGAAGAUGUCAGACGAGAAGUCAGAAUAUUGAGUUCUUUGGCAGGCCACAUUAACCUAGUGCAAUUUUAUGAUGCUUUUGAGGAUGAAGAAAAUGUAUAUGUUGUUAUGGAAUUAUGCAAAGGAGGUGAACUGCUGGACAGAAUUUUGGCUAGAGGUGGCAAAUAUUCUGAGGGCGAUGCUAAGGUUAUUAUUCACCAAAUUCUAAGUGUUGCUUCAUUUUGUCAUCUUCAGGGUGUUGUUCACCGGGAUCUGAAACCAGAGAAUUUUCUUUUCAUGUCAAAGGAUGAGAAUUCUGCCUUGAAAGUCAUAGACUUUGGUUUGUCUGACUUUGUUAAACCAGAUGACAGACUUAAUGACAUUGUUGGAAGUGCAUAUUAUGUUGCUCCUGAAGUUCUCCAUCGAUCUUAUGGCACAGAGGCUGAUAUGUGGAGCAUUGGAGUAAUUGCAUAUAUUUUGCUUUGUGGAAGCCGCCCUUUCUGGGCACGAACUGAGUCAGGAAUUUUUCGAGCUGUCCUAAAAGCAGAGCCUAGUUUUGAUGAAAUUCCAUGGCCUACCCUUUCUGCUGAGGCGAAAGACUUUGUAAGAAGGCUACUCAAUAAGGAUUACCGUAAGCGGAUGACUGCUGCACAAGCCCUCUGCCAUCCAUGGAUCCGUGGCACACAGGAAGUUAAGAUUAAUCUAGACAUGAUAAUCUACAGGCUUAUGAGGGCUUACAUAAGUUCAUCUUCUCUACGGAAAUCUGCAUUGAGGGCUCUUGCAAAGGCACUGACGACAGAUCAACUCUUCUACCUAAGAGAGCAGUUUACAUUAUUAGGUCCAAACAAGAGUGGCCAUAUAUCAUUGCAAAAUAUGAAGACGGCCUUGAUUAAAAAUUCCUCGGGUGCAAUGAAUGAUUCUAGGAUUCUUGACUUUGUUAACUCAAUAUGCAAUAUCCAAUAUGGCAUGAUUGAUUUUGAAGAGUUCUCUGCUGCGGCCAUUAGUGUAUAUCAAAUGGAGGGCCUGGAGACCUGGGAAGAACAUGCUCAACAAGCAUAUGAAUUGUUUGACAAGGAGGGCAACCGACCAAUUGUGAUUGAAGAACUUGCAUCGGAACUUGGACUUGGCCCUUCGAUCUCACUUCAUGUUGUUCUCAAAGAUUGGAUCAGACAUUCAGAUGGAAACCUCAGUUUCCUCGGGUUCAUAAAACUACUGCAUGGAGUUUCUUCACGCGCAAUCACCAAAGUAUAAGAUAACCAUUUGCAUCGAGCAAUCCCUGAUCUCUGGCUAGUGCAUGCCAUGGCUGGUUGUAGAAGUUGCAUGAAACCAAUACAAAGAUUAACAGAUCAUCUUAGCGCAAUAGGUACUCUCAGUAGGUGUAUAUUUGCCCUGCUUUUCGCAACAUGGAUCGACAUUGUCCUCAAGAUGUUGAGAGGAAUGUACAGAUUUGAUUUGGGAAGAAUGGAAACCCUGAAGGAUUUGAGGCUGUUAUUUUGUUUGUUAGUUCCAGUAAUGCAGGCAUUGCCUUCAUUUGUGUUGUGCACCUAUGCCGCUUAAUGCUCCAUUUACAUA